AUGGCGAAUGCGAAGUCCUUUCCUGCUCCUCCUGAAGCUGGUCCAUGCUGGCGGCUGAAGGUCACGAUUGCCACCUUGAUUUUCUGCCUCUCUGUGUCUGCCGUGCCCAUCUACAACAAGCUGGUCUUUGCCCAAGGUGUUUAUACCCGAGCUGGAUCUUUGCACAAAUAUCCAUAUCCCAUCGCCACUGCCUUUCUCCAAUUGGGUGUAGUCUCACUAGUUCUGGCCGUAGUGAACACCGUUGGACACUUCUGCUGCGACCGGAAUCACUCCUGGAUCUUCGGGCCGCAUUUCGCAUACAAACUGAGACACGUGGCCCCUGUGGGUAUUCUAUUUGGGCUGAAGUAUGGCAUCACCAACUGGGGUUUGCAGCUGGUGCCUGUGGGUAUUCACCUCCUCCUCCAGUCCACAGAUGUGAUAUGGACAAUCUUGUUGGCUGCCGUGGUCAACCAUGAGGACAUUGGGCUCGUGGAAGUGCUCGCAGCAGUGCUGUCGGCUGCAGGGUCAUGUUUGAUCGGACUUCAUGCAGUGCAUACGCUGGAAGCUCCAUUCAUUCCACUUCUGGUCAAUUUGCUGCCGCCCUUCCUUUUGGCGCUUUGUGUCUCAACCCUGCGCACGGGCGCGUCCGAGCUCUUCCGGCUGGAUAACCGCCUGGAGGGCAGCAUCACACCGACUGAAUUUACAUGUCUCAAGCUGGCUUUGAGUUCCAUCACCGCCCUGGCUUUUGCGAUGCUGUGUGAGCACGGCAGCUCCGAGCACGACUCUUGGUGGGAAGCACUUCUGGACGAGAGCCCCACGGGGCUACAGCUGAUGUUCUUGGGUUGUAUUUUUGUGCUGGUCUUCCAGGUGAAUCUCACUUGGUUGGCAGGGCUGACCUCGGCCGCCACGGUGGGCAUUAUUGGAGGAGUAAAGGUGAUACCUCAGUGGUCAAUGAAUGCCCUCUUCCAACUGAAGGUCGACUUGUCUCCCUUGAACAUCGGUGGAGCGAUGCUUGUCCUGGUGGGCUCCACGCUCUAUGCCGCGGCGAGCGGCACAUCCAAAUUGGUGGUUCAGUGUGAGGAGAACCCAUUGACUGUUUCAAUCAGGUGGGAGAAGCGCCCGUUGGACCUAGAAGAGAAGCUCUUGGAGCCUGGAAACGCCACGUCAAAGUCCCAUGUCUUCUUCACCACGCCUGGGGUCUUGCUCGACGUGGCCACGCCUUCGCAAAGGGUAUGA